AGAGACCGGCCGAGAGAGGCCGCGGGCAGCAGUUCCUCAGAGGAGGCGGGAGGGCCCCGCAGGGUAGGCCUGAGAUCUCGGGUCUACUGGAGGCAUCGUAGGCAGAAGGGGUACGUCAAAGCCAAGAUGGAAGAGCAGGGAGGGGGUGUAGCAGACAGUGGCGGCAUCUUCACGGAAUUCGCUGCCGAGCAGGACUACGCACUCCAUGGCAUCAUCGAGCUGCGGGGCGGACCGCACGCUCUCCAAGGCGACGGGUGCUUCGCGGCGGACGUGGCGCAGCUCAUGGUAGAGGCCGGGCAGAGCGCCAAUCCUCAGGAGGAGGCCGGCCUCAAGGACACGUGCCAAACCGUGACCCUGGAGGUGACGGUGGCGUCCACGCAGGAACUGUCGGAAAGCAGCGAGGAGUGUGAUGGGCAGAACCUCGUGCAAACUGUCCAGCGGGAUGAGACGAUGGAGGCAGCCAGCAACCCGCCAGAUGCUUUGAUCCAAAUGAAGGAACUUUACUGCUGCCAUCGAUGCAACGAGAGCUUUGAGAACCAGAGGCUUUUGGCUGAUCACCUGCAGCAUCACACACCGGACACUAAACGCACUCUGUCUCCCAGGCAUGAAGACGAGGGCGGAUUGCAGGCAAAGUGCCCUCGGAUUUUGUGCAGGAAGCAAGGCAGCAGCAGCAGCGAGGGAAACGGUGCUGCCCUGGCCGUUGUGGGUAUCUCUACCCGGGGAAAGUACCCUUGCCCAGCCUGUGGCGAAGAGUUUGCCCGAUCGCGGGCUUUGAAGGAGCACCUGGUCGAACACAGCCAUGACAAGGCGGAGAGCUGCUGUGCCCAGCACCCUGGGCAGCUGAGAUCCAGUUGCAGUGCCAGGUCUGUCCCCUGCCCUUACCGGACCUGUGGACUGACAUUCCAGAGUGUGGCGGAGAUGGAGCAGCACCAGCGUGACCACUACCCGUUCCGUUGCGACCAGUGCGAUUUCGCUUGCUCCAGCACCAAGCUCUUAGCUCAGCACAAGAAGCGAGGGAGGCUGAAAGGAAAGAAGUUCAAGUGUAAACUCUGCCCCUUUAAGAGUUGUGCGGCGCACGACCUGAGCAAGCACUACAGCGGGACCCAUCAAGGCGAAGCCGCUUACAGCUGCAACUGGUGUGAUUUCACCAGCCGCUACCCCAAAGUUUUGAAGAAGCACCUGACUGUACACUCUGAUGAGAGCGGUAUUGUUGCUGAAGGGAAUGAUGAACGAGAGGGAACGAGACGGGAGGCAGAUGAAGGUAGUAACUCAGCGCAGAGAUUGUCCAGAAAGCGGAAACGGUCCAAGUGUGAAGAGGAAGAGCUGUUGUCCGAAACAGGCUCAGAAAGAGAUACCAGCAGAGAAACCAAACCCUUCAGGCAGAGACACUUCAAAGUUGACGUUCAGGAAGGAAUGGAACAUCUGUACAAGACACACAUCUGCCCCGAAUGCAAACGUUGCUUUAAAAAGAGAACGCACCUGGUCGAGCACCUUCACCUGCACUUCCCGGACCCCAGUCUCCAGUGCCCCCAUUGCCAGAAGUUCUUUACCAGCAAGGGGAAGCUGAAGGUUCACCUGAUGCGGGAGCUCGGUGAGAAGACCCAUCACUGCCCGCUAUGCGACUACAGCGCCGUGGAAAAGAACUCCCUGAACCGGCACAUGGCCAGUAUGCACGAGAACACCACCAACUUCUACUCGGACGUGUACUCGUGCCCAGCGUGCGAGGAGAAGUUCACUGUCAGUAACUCGCUGAAGGAGCACAUGAAGACACACAGGGAGGAACGACGACAACUGGACUGCUUCGAGGGAGGCUGCAGCUACACGGCGGAGGAGCGCAAGGAUUUUGUCCGCCACCUCAAGGAGGUACAUGGUGCCAGGGCAAUAGAGUGCCGGUACCGCACAUGUGGCUCACUCUUUGGCACGGAGGCGGGUAUGGAGGCACACCGCAGGACUCACUAUGCUUUCCACUGUGACCAGUGCGACUUUGUCUGUUCCAACAAACAUGUUUUCCGGCGACACAAGCGGAGAGGGCACCCGGGUAGCGAGGAGCUGGUCUGCAACUUCUGCCCGUACAAGACCUUCAACCCUGUGGAGUUCAAUGACCACGUGGGCAAGAUGCACGCCAAUGAGAAGAUCCACAAGUGCAGUGAAUGCGACUUUGCCACAGCACACAAGAGAGUUCUCAACAGGCACAUCCUCCUGCACACAGGCGAGAAGCCACAUAAAUGUGAACUGUGCGAUUUCACCUGCAGGGACGUAGGCUACCUGUCGAAGCACAUGCUUACACAUUCUGACGAUAAGAACUACAUGUGUACAGAGUGUGGUUACAUCACCAAGUGGAAACACUACCUGACGGUGCACAUGCGCAAACACACCGGAGACCUGAGGUAUCAUUGUAAUCAAUGCUCGUAUCGCUGUCACCGGGCAGACCAGCUCAGCAGCCACAAGCUACGACACCAGGGCAAGUCGCUCAUCUGUGAGGUGUGCGGCUUCGCCUGCAAGCGCAAGUACGAACUGCAGAAGCACAUGCAAGUGAAGCAUUCGAAGGACUAUCAGAUACCCCUCUACCAAUGCCAGUACUGCAACUACCAGACAAGGUACAAGCAGGCGCUGCUGAACCACGAGAACUGCAAGCACACCAAACACAAGGAGUUCCGCUGUGCCCUGUGCUCCUACAAGACAUUCAGCAACACCAGCCUCUUCUUUCACAAGAGAAAGGUCCAUGGCUAUGUGCCAGGAGACAAAGAGUGGCUGGAGAACUAUGCCAAGGAGGAGAUGGCCAUGAACUCCACCCACAUACUUUUGGGGUACAGUGACGUGAACUUGACUCUUUCGACCUCGGUCUCGGCCAGGACAGAAACGAUUGCGGCAACUUCGAGGAGCGAAGCCUGGCAAAAGAAGAAUUUGGUUGUUGUGGAGGAGCAGGAUAAGGUGUACCAACGUGCCUUUGGGGCCCCUCUCUUUGGGCAAGAGCUCUCAGAACCUGGAGAGGCAGCGCAAAACGGUGCCGGUCCACAAGAAUCGGGACAGUUGCAGCAGCACCUCGAGUAUCCUGCCCCUGUAGGUCAGGGGGUUGUGCCCGACACCAUGGACCCGGGUGAAGCGGGCACGGAAAUCAGCUGCGAUAUGGAGAGGGAGUUGCAGAAAAGCCUGGGUGAAAGUGGCUCGCAACUGGAGGAGGUACUUGAAGCACAGCUGGAGUUUCAUAAUACCCCGUCAGAUGAAGUAGCGAAGCAGCUUUCUGGCUCCCAGCUGCCAAUCCUGGAUUCCUGGGGACCUUGUGAUACUGGAACCAUAUACAGGGACUUUGGACUUAACCCUGGGGUUGAUGUACAGGCUGACGAUGGCAAUGAUGAGGCUGACAUUGGAGACCACUGUGAGGAUGAGGAAGGUGGUGGUGGUGGGGACCACAUCAUAGUGAACAGAGAAGAAGUAGGGCACAGUGUCGAUGUCUUUGCUGAUGAAGAUCAGCACCAUAGUUAUGAGCUUCCGGGUAAAAAGGAAACCAUCGGUGGAUCCACCCAGCUGGAAACUGACGCAUCCACGAGCGUCAGGACUGAUGAGAGCUGGAUUGGUGUGGUCGAGCCUCGUGUGACCCAGCCCGGUAACGGAAACCAGGGAGUGGCUGAAUUCCGGCAUGUCGAAACAGAGAGGCCGGUCAGCCUUGACCCCGCAGGCAGUCACCCCGAAAGUCAGGAGCAGGUGCAGCUCUCCCAGUCCGAAUCGGAGAUAAAGGCUCUGCGGAAGCAGGACAAGCAGCAGGCGCAGGCCCUGGUCUUGGAGGGAAGAGUGCAGAUGUUGGUGGUGCAAACUGACGCCCAGGUGUUCAAGUGCGAGAGGUGCUCCUACGUCACCAGGAAAGAGAAAGCCAUGGUCCUUCAUACAAAGUCCGGCUGCCAGAACAAGAAGUCACCCCUCGUAUGCACUGCCUGUGGGGCCACUUUUAAGCAGCAGCGAGGACUCAAUACCCACCUGCAAAAGAAAUGCCCUAUUAUCAUAAAGAAACACAAGCUUUAUGUGCGGCAAGCAACAGUUAUAGAUUCCAGGAUCGGGCUGGAUGGAGAGAAGGAGCAAGGCCCUGAGCCAGAAGAGAAGAAAGUGAGAGCGGUACCCAAGAGAAAAGGCAAACGAGUUGAUGCUGAUGGAAAUGAGAGGCAGGAGGUGAGCCCAGAUUCUGUUAGACCUGAUCAGCCGCUCACCAAAGUAUUGGCGGAUUGUGGAGUGGCAGAUUGUGAAGAGCCCUCCGUCUGUGGGCCAGAGCGAGACCCUGCAGAAGGGGAACUCUUGGAUGCUUGCGAGGGGGAGGAAGCUGGAUUCUUCACGGAGGAGGCAUUGGAUGGUCCCCCGGUACACAGCGAGACUUCCCCGUCGACCCGGAGGGACCUGUCACCGGUGCCGGCGGAUCUGAAUGAGGAAUCCCAGCAGGAGUCAGGGGCGUGGAAAUUCCGGUGUGAACGGGGCAAAUUCUGUUGUGCCUCGUGCCCUUUCGUUUGUUCCAGUGAGUCGGAUAUUGUCGGACACGUGGCUGUUUGCUGCCCUGCACCCCUCAAGCUGCCUUGCGGAUUCUGUGAGUUGCUCUUCCGCUCCGAGAGGGCACUGAGGAACCACCAAGCCAUCAAGCACACUGAGGAGGAGGAGCUUUCCGAGCAGAGUGACUCGGAUGAGCUGGAGAAAGGGUCGUCCAGCGAGGACGAGGGAAGCCAAGGCUCGGGAGAGGGCGACAACCCGGAGAACAGCGGCAGCUCCGAGAUGGAGGGCAGCCCCAAGCAGAGGCGCUUCUUCUGCCCCUCGUGCCCCUUCAGCUGCUACCAGGAGCGGGCCUUGGACACCCAUAAGAAGAAGGGCUGCAUGAAGCCUGGCGAGCUGCAGUGCAGCCUCUGCUCGUUUGUCUGCAAGUCCGCCACGGCCCUCAAGCACCACACCCGCCUGCACGGCAAGAAAUGCUGCCGCAAGAGGCCACGGCUGAGCUGCCAGCUGUGCCCCUUCACCUGCAAGCAGGCCAGGUGCCUGAAGCAGCACGUGGCCAUCAAGCACGACGGUGUCAAGCCUUACAAGUGCCGCUACUGCAACUUCAGCACAACCCGACGCUACCGCCUGGACGCCCACGAGUCCCUGCACACGGGGGUGGGCCGGCUGACCUGCGACGCCUGCCAGCAGACGUUCGGCACCGGCUCCAAGCUGCGCAUCCACAAGCUGCGGGUCCACGAGAAGCGGCCCACCCACUUCUGCGCCCUGUGCGACUACAGCGGCUACAACCAGAACGACAUCACCCGGCACGUGAGCAGCUGCCACGCCGGCGAGCCCAGCGCCGCCUGCGGGCGCUGUGAGGCCCGCUUCAGCUCGGAGGGCGCCCUCAAGCAGCACUGCCUGCGGCGGCACGAGGAGAAGGUCUGCCACGGGUGCCCCUCCUGCGUCUUCGCCUGCUACAGCGAGUCCACCCUCCGGAGCCACGUCCAGCGGCAGCACCCUCAGCUGGAGUGCUCGGCCUGCAAGGAGCGUUUCGAGCGGCGGGACCAGCUAGAGGAGCACAAGAAGGUUCACUUCAGCCACCACUGCCAGCACUGCAGCUUCGCCACCCGGGAGCGGCAGCAGCUUAUCCAGCACCUGCUGGACGCUCACGAGGCGGAGGACGGGGCCGAGGCCGAGGGGGGCAAGCCCUUCCGCUGCCCCUUCUGUGACUUCGCCUGCCGCCACCAGAUGGUGUUCGACUACCACAUGAAGGCCCACGGAGGCACGCGCUUGUACAAAUGCACCGACUGUGACUACACCACCAAGAACCGGCAGAAGAUCACCUGGCACAUCCGCAUUCACACCGGCGAGAAACCUUACAAGUGUCACCUCUGCAGCUACGCCUGCGCAGACCCAUCACGCUUGAAGAUGCUGCCUGGCGUGCCGAGUAUUUCCAGCACCUUCUGUUCACAUUUCAGGUUUCGAGUAUCUACAGUACUUUGCCCUCCUAUUGUAAUCUCUAUGCUGUACCACAUGCGGAUCCACCAAGAGGAGAGAAAGUACCUGUGCCCAGAGUGUGGCUACAAGUGCAAGUGGAUUAACCAGCUCAAGUACCACAUGACAAAACACACAGGUGCCAAGCCUUACCAGUGCGAUGAGUGUGAUUACUGCACCAAUCGUGCAGAUGCCCUGCGGACCCACAAGGAGACCAGGCACAAAGAGACUCGGAGCUUCAUCUGUGAGCAGUGUGGGAAGGGCUUCAAGACUCGCUUCCUCCUGAAGACUCACCUGAAGAAGCACAGUGAGGCCAAGCCGUACGUCUGCAGCGUGUGCUGCCGUGGCUUCCGCUGGCAGGCAGGCCUGCGCCACCACUAUCUCACCCACACCAACGAGCACCCCUUCUUCUGCCGCCACUGCAGCUACAAGGCCAAGCAGAAGUUCCAGGUGGUCAAGCACAUCCAGCGCCACCACCCCCUGAAAGCUGUGGGCGACCCGGGCGAGGGGGUGGGCAAGGUGCAGGUGAGCCAUGCCCUGUGCCCGCGUGACAGCAGAGAUGGGAAGCCGCAGCCAGCCCACCCCCACAGCUCCGCUGGUACCGACAGCCUGACUGCCAGCUCUUAGUUAAUGGAAGGGUUUGGUGUCUUCAGGAGGCAAGUGACAACCACGAGUGGGGCUGGUCCACACUGCCUGGCGUUACGAUGUAUAAUUCAGAGGGUGCUGCAUUGACCAGGGAUGCGAGUGUGCGUGCGCGCAUGAUCGGCCUUCUAUUAAUGCAGAGAACCCCCAAAAAAAAUAACGGACCAGGAACUCUCUAUUUUAAAGGAAAAUUGGCGCUUUUGAAUUGUAUCUGUUGAAACUCUCACCCUUCCUGGGGUCGAGGAGAGAACUCCUGCGACAAUAUCUCUUUGGAAAAAGGGCUGGUGCCUUUAACUGGAGAAAUAACACGCAGGCACGCAACCCAAACCAGAGAAACACGACCUCUCGCAGCAUCAUUGCGGCAUUCCAGGGUGGAUUGCUGCACUGCCCGUGUCCCGACCAGAAGAUUCCGGAAGGCAGGGAGAAGGAUGCGGGUUUCCCAAAGAGAAAGAAGGGUAACAGCUCGUGGCAAAGAGACUCGAUAAUCAACCUCUCUGGCUGUAUUUAUUUCUUGUUACAUGGUGAUUGAGGAAAUUUGUUGAGCAACCGAGCUUCAAUCCGCUGUCGGACACGAUUGCUUAACUAUAAGUGAAAUAGUAUGGAUCUCGCACUAUUGACCGAGCAGUAUAAUGGAAGGUUGGUGUUAAUAUGUUUACAAGACGUGACGUUGAAGUUGGGCAAUAUAGGAACGCUGGGGGUAGAAUGCACGGAAAUUAGAAAAGCCAAUUCCGAAUGGACUUUACACUGGGGAAUUUUAUCUACCCGAUUCUACAGGAGUCCUGGUGGCAGG